AUGGCCGGCGGCGGCGACGACAAGACGCCGGAGGCCGCGGCGUUCAAGAACGACGCCAAGAAUGGUGGCAGCGGCGCUCUCGGCCGCCGCGGCUUGUUCGGCGGCGCGGCACCAGCGCCGUCAGGGAAAGAAGAGGCAGCUGCGGCGUCGGCGUCGGCGUCGGCGAGCAGCAGUAGGGAGCGAGGCGCGGACUGGGCCAAGAAGGAGCGGAUCCGCAAGGGGAAGAUGCCGGCGGCGAAGGAGAGCCCGCCUCGGGGGAGCGCCUACGACGACGACGCCGCACCGGCCUCGCCCCGGCCUGCCGGAGGCGGCAAGCUCAUGGGCGACGCGAUCCGGUCCCACGGGGGCUCCGCCGCGGCCCGCCGCUCCAAGAUCACGCCGCGGCGCGGGUCGAAAUCCAAGAAGCGCAAGGACCGCGGCGGCCCCCCAUUCUGGUAUGGCAUGGGGAGGGACGGGCAGUCCACCUCGACGGCCGGCUCCGACCUCGACUACUCGUUCGACAAGAUGGGCGCCGUCGUCAGCGACGAGCUCCGCGCCGCCCUCGGGGGCCUCGGCGUCGGCGCCGCCACCCCCCAGCCCAAGCGCGUCUACGGCAGGAUGAUGUCCGGGUGCGACAGGAACACCCACCAAUCGCGCCUGCAGAUGUCGUCCAAGAGCUGGCGCGCCGAGGACGGCGACUACCCGCUCUGCGCGUUCCUGACGGAGGCGGAGAAGGAGGCGGUGGAGGACGGCGAGGGGCUGGAUGUUACGGCCUACGACCGCCGCGGCGCGGCGCACGCGAUCAGGAUCGGCUACCUGGGGAGCAACCGGAGCUACCGGCUCACCAAGAACUGGGGCAAGUUCCUGCGGGACAACGACCUCGUCGUCAAGCGCACCAGCAGGGCCGCCAGGGCGCCCAAGGACGUCAUGCUCGACCUGUGGCUGUUCCGCACGCCGGAAGGGAAGGUCGGUAUGGUCAUUCUGCACUACCGCAAGGGCGAAGCCGCGCACGCCGACGCCGCCUUGGACGAGGAGGAACGGAGGACCAGGCCCAGGCUCGCGGACAAUGCCUCCACGCCGGAGGCUACUUCGUCGCCGGAGCCGGACGGGGGCGCGGGGGGCGACGACGCUGCUAUUGAGGACGUUGCCGGUGGUGUGGACGAGAAGGGGCAGGGCGAUGCGGCGGGCGCGCCGUCCCCGUCGGAGCCCGACGACGGUGGCGGCGCAAAGGCGGGCGAGGCGGGACAGGCUGGCGGUGCGCCGAGCGAGGUGGCGGCCGCGCCUUUCUCGCCGGACGCCGAUGGCACGAAGACGGAGGAGAAAGAGGCCGGCGGCGCACCGACGGAGGCGGCCGCACACUCAUCGUCGGAGGGCGUGAUGGAGCAGGGGGCUGGCGCGGCGCCGGGCGAUGCUGAUGGUACGAAGACGGAGGGGAAAGAGGCCAGUGCGGCGCCGACAGAGGCGGCCGCGCAAUCGUUGUCGUCUGACACCGCCGGUGGUGCGGCAAAUGCGGCGGGCAAGGAGGCCGCGCCACCGCCGUCGCCGCGGGACGCCAAGAAUGAUGACGGCCCGGCACCGCCCGUGGCGCCGCCGCUUUGGUUCGGGUUUGGGCUCACUCAGCACGAGUUUUUAGCUGCACACGCGCUGGUGCUGUUAUCUCUUGGUUGA